CCGGGAUUCUGGAAUUGGUACUCCACGAAGCCCGAUCACCAUCGACGACGGCGAGGAAGAUGUUGUAACCCAGCGCGAUCGUUCAAAGUCGAAGUUUCUGAAAAAGCCAGCCAUCAUGUCCGCAGAUAUCGAACUCAAGGACUAUCAAUUAGUUGGACUCAACUGGCUGAACCUUCUCUGGGACCACGGGAUGAGCUGCAUCCUAGCAGAUGACAUGGGACUGGGAAAGACCUGCCAGGUGAUCGCAUUCCUGUCUCAUCUCAAAGAAAAGGGUGUGAAAGGCCCUCAUCUCAUCAUUGUCCCGGGAGCGGUACUGGAGAACUGGCUGCGAGAGUUCGAGAAGUUCUCUCCGAAACUGGUAGUGGAACCGUACUAUGGGCUUCAGAAGGCACGAGAGGAGCAGCAGUACUCGAUUCUGGAUUCGAUUGACAACAUCGAUGUCAUUGUCACCACAUAUGACCUCUGCUGGAAGGCUUCAGACAACAAAUUUCUGCGCAAAUGUCAACCGAGAGUUUGCGUCUUCGACGAGGGACAUACGUUGCGAUCCCCAGGGUCGAAGAAAUAUGCUGGCCUGAUGAAGAUACCGGCUGAGUUCCGCGUGCUCUUGACCGGCACGCCUCUCCAGAACAAUCUCCAGGAGCUGGCGGCAAUCCUCGCUUUCAUCAUGCCGGACCUUUUCCACGCGAAACACGAGGAGCUGAACUUCGUCUUCAAGCACAAGGCCAAGACUACCGACAAGGAGCAUUCAGCCCUUCUCUCGAAAGCGCGUAUCGAUCGCGCACGGUCUAUGAUAACGCCAUUCUUACUCCGACGAAAGAAGGAGCAGACACUCAAGCACCUACCGAAGAAGACCAACCGUGUUGAGUAUUGCGACCUUGUGCCGGAGCAGAAGAAGAUCUACGAUCGACUUCUCGCGAAGCAACGUAAGGUGCUAUCCGAUCGGGCAGCUGGCAUCGAGAACAAAGACAGUGCCAACACGAUGAUGCGUCUUCGACAAGCCGCUAUUCAUCCCUUCCUCUUUCGCGAGAUCUACGACGACAAUAUGAUCAAGAAGGUCCAUAAAACUUGUAUGAGGGGCAGAUGGCGUACGUCGGACUCGGAGAUCGUCAUGGAAGAACUUCACCAGUACAGCGACUACGACUUCCAUGACUUCAUUCGGAAGAACUCCAAUGAGCUUAGCAAGUACGCUUUGACGAACGAUGAAUGGAUGAACAGUGGCAAAGUCGCCAAACUCGGCGAGCUUCUUACCAAGUACAAGGAGAACGGCGAUCGCGCCUUGGUCUUCUCCCAGUUCACGACUGUGAUGGAUAUCCUGCAGCUCGUCCUCGACACCCUGAACAUUGCGUAUAUGCGCAUUGAUGGCAACACACCUAUCCCGGAACGCCAGACCCUCCUCGAUAUCUUCACCACGGACACCACCAUCCCGGUGUUUCUCCUCUCCACCAAGUCGGGAGGAACUGGCAUCAACCUAACGGCUGCCAACAAGAUCAUCAUCUUUGACAGCAGUUUCAACCCUCAGGAGGAUGUCCAGGCAGAAAACCGCGCCCAUCGCGUUGGUCAGACUCGGGAGGUCGAGGUCGUGCGACUUGUCACAAAGGGUACGAUUGAGGAGCAAAUUCACGCGCUUGGCAAGAGCAAACUCGCACUCGAUGCGAUGGUCUCAAAUGGCGAAAAGGGAGAGAAUUCAGAGAAAGAUAUUGAAAAGAGGGGCCUGGAUACGGUCGCGGAGAUGCUGGCGAAGGAGCUGGCAAAGAAGGAAGGGAGCGAGGAUUGUACUAUCAAAAACGAGGAGGUCAAGGAGGAAGAAGACGUCGACAUCAAGGACCAGUAUUUGGAUGGCCUCAAGAAGCAUGGCUUGGAUCUGAGCGCUGCUUGAGUUCGGCGUAUUGCAUCGCAUCACAGCGUCAUUUCGCGUCGCGAAUCGUACAGUCAUGGUAUAUCGAAUGCUCUCUCGCCGAAACGCAUUCUUCGUCUUUGUUGAGUUCUUGGUUUCAUCAAGUGCUUGGUUAGACGUUACCGCAACCGCACUGCAUUGCAGCGAGUAUCAGCGAAGGGAUCAGCUUGGGCCCAGUUGGCAUACUAGCUUUUGCAUCAUCAUAGAGUUGGUGUUGGAGUGCUAUCUUGCGAACUGGCUCUGUCUUUGGGAGCUGAGCUGCAUGCAUGGUAUAGAUCUGAGUUCUUCUUAUCCCGGCCACGGCUUUCUUGGUGGUCUGGGAGUGAGCAUGAGGAUAUGUAUAGUUAGAUAUCGGUUGAAUUGAGAUUACUAUAUCAAAC